AUGCUUUUUGCUGCCUUAUAUUGCAUGACUAUUCAACUUAUUCUCCACUUUUUCACAACAAAAACUUCCUCCAUGUUUUCCCAUGCAUUUCCAUUCCUUCAUCACAAACCCAUCAUGGAUUCUGGAAACCUCUCCUCCUCCUCUUCCUCCUCCUUGCCCCCUUCGAUUUCCGUCCGACACUUUGGGCUCCAAUCGCUCCUCGAUGUCCAAAUCUUAGAGAUCUCUUUUGCCCUUUUUGUGUUCUUGGUUAUUCAUGUUGUUAGACAGAAGAGACGACAUGGCUUGCCUAUAUGGCCAAUCGUCGGAAUGUUACCAGCUUUGAUUACGGCAACACGUGGGAAUCUCUACGAGUGGAUUACCGACCUCUUGUGUCGUCACAAGGGCACAUUUCAAUUUCGAGGUCCGUGGCUUACUAGUCUCAAUUGCGUCGUCACUGCUGAUCCUCGAAACUUAGAACACCUUCUCAAGACAAAAUUUUCUUCCUACCCAAAAGGGUCGUUCUUCCGCGACACCGUGAGAGACUUACUUGGUGAUGGAAUAUUCGGGGCUGACGACGAGACAUGGCAACGACAGAGGAAGGUGGCGAGCAUUGAGUUUCACUCGGCAAGGUUUCGACAAAUGACGGUGGAGUCGUUGGUGGAGCUUGCGCACUCGAGGCUGGAAGCAGUGUUGGAGGAUUUUGCGGGGAAGUCGACAACGGUGGACUUGCAAGAUGUUCUUUUGAGGUUGACGUUUGACAAUGUGUGUAUGAUUGCCUUUGGGGUGGAUCCCGGUUGCUUGCGCGGAGGCUUGCCGGAGAUUCCAUUUGCUAAGGCCUUUGAGGAUGCAACUGAAGUCACUGUUAUGCGCUUCAUCACACCUACAUUCAUAUGGAAAGCCAUGAGGUACCUGAACAUAGGAAUUGAGAAGAAGUUGAAGCAAUCGAUCAAAGCCGUCGACGAAUUUGCGGAGAACGUGAUUCAAACACGGAAGAGAGAACUCUCUACGCCGGCGGAAUCUCAAGCCGACAACAAAAGAUCCGACCUAUUAACUGUAUUCAUGAAGCUGAGAGACGAGCAAGGGCGCCCAUUCUCUGAUAAGUUUCUCAGAGAUAUUUGCGUCAAUUUCAUACUCGCCGGAAGAGACACGUCUUCCGUAGCAUUGAGUUGGUUCUUCUGGUUGCUCGAUCAAAAUCCCGAUGUAGAAGAUAAAAUUCUAGCAGAAAUUUGCAGAAUUGUCGGCGAACGAGAAGAGGCCAAAACCAGAGAGCUUCGAUUCGAUUCAUUAGUGUUCAAACCAGAAGAGAUAAAAAAAAUGGAGUAUUUGCACGCCGCCAUUUCCGAAGCCCUAAGAUUGUAUCCAUCAGUUCCAUUCGAUCACAAAGAGGUUGUGGAGGACGAUACAUUCCCAGACGGAACGAUUCUGAAGAAAGGAAUGAAAAUCAUCUACGCAAUAUACGCAAUGGGAAGAAUGGAAGCGAUUUGGGGGAAAGAUUGUCGCGAAUUCAAACCUGAGAGAUGGAUGAGAGACGGUCGAUUCAUGAGCGAAUCGGUGUAUCGAUUCACCGCCUUCAAUGGGGGCCCUCGGCUGUGUCUUGGAAAAGAUUUUGCGUAUUAUCAAAUGAAAUACGUGGCGGCUUCUAUCAUCAGCCGGUACCGGGUGGCGGUGGUGGCGGGGCAUCCGGUGGAGCCGAAGCUUUCCCUAACUUUCUACAUGAAGAAGGGGUUGAAGGUCAAUUUGAUUAAACGAGAAGAGGGGCAAAUUCGGAAAUACAUGAAGUUAAAUUGAUUUUAGCCCUUCAAAUUAGUGGGAGUGUUAAUAAAUUUGAAAUAAUUAUACUUUUCUUUUUCUUUUUAAUUAUUAUUGUUUUUAGAUUGGAAGAAAAAUGUUUGUUUUAAGUGAAAGAGUGAAAAGAAAAAUGAGGAAAAUUUGGAGAUGGAAUUAUAUAUAUAAUUUGAUUGAUAUAGUUUUGGAUUUGAGAUGUGUAUCUGUUUCAUAAAAUAAAUAAAUAACUUCACCUGAGUGUAUAUUUUCCAA